UAUUUAAAAGAAAUUUCCCAAAUAAGCAAUUUUUUACCCUCCAUUUUUGCUGUUCUGAAUCGUUUGCUAUGUUAGCACAGGAAUUCUUUGAUUUGCAGGAACAUACCCAUGGUUCCAGAUAGAAGGGCAUGCUUCAACGUACCAAGUAUAACCGCUUCAGGAAUGAUUCGGUAACCUCGGUUGAUGAUCUUAUUCAUAAUUUGUCCAUGAACAGCAAAAUUGCAGCAGGUGGGACAGCUUCAGCACCAUCACCAUACUUGGUCUUGCCUGAGGUUCUGCAAAAGGACCAGGAUGGACCCACAACCCUUUGCACUCUUAUGCACAAAGUGUCCCACUUGAAACUCUCCAAUACAGGCAGUCUUUUGGGUAUUAAAAACCUCUCUUCUGCAGUGAAGGAGCUUGCUGUCUCCAAGAUGCAGGGUAGCUCAGCAGCAGACGCUUCAGACAACGCAUGUAACCUUACCUCUACCGCUCCGUCUUCUCAGCAGGACAAGAGCAAGAUGAGUACAGGGAAAAAAAGCUGGCCAGAAGAAAUGCACCUGGGAGGUGAAGACUGGCAUCAAGGGAGCAAUGUUGCCAACAAAGUCUCCCAAGGGUGGCUGCAUUCAAAUGAGAAGAUACUGGGACCUGGAGUGACAUACAUUGUGAAGUACUUGGGAUGUAUAGAGGUCCUACGCUCCAUGAGAUCUCUUGACUUCAAUACUAGAACGCAAAUUACCAGGGAAGCAAUCAGCCUUGUUUGUGAAGCUGUGCCAGGCACCAAAGGAGCCUUCAAAAAAAGAAAGCCACCAAGUAAAGCUCUCUCCAGUAUCUUGGGAAAGAGUAACCUUCAGUUUGCAGGAAUGAACAUAACUCUGAAUAUAUCUACUACCAGCUUAAACCUGAUGACACCUGAGUCCAAACAGAUUAUAGCAAACCAUCAUAUGCAGUCUAUUUCCUUUGCUUCUGGAGUAGAUGUGGAUACAACAGACUAUGUUGCAUAUGUAGCCAAGGACCCCGUUAAUCGCAGAGCAUGUCAUAUAUUGGAAUGCUGUGACGGCCUAGCCCAGGAGAUCAUCAGCACCAUAGGGCAAGCAUUUGAACUCCGUUUUAAGCAAUAUUUGCAGUGCCCUUCAAAGAGUCCUGCUCUUCAUGAUAGGAUGCAAAGUUUGGACGAACUUUGGUUAGAAGAAGAAGGCGAGGCAACAGACCACCCUUAUUACAACAGCAUUCCAAACAAAGUGCCUCCCACUGGAGGCAUGGUUGAUGCGAGGCUCAAAACCAAGUUCCCUUCAGAUGAUGUUCAGUCUGCAUCUGCAAUGGGAAGAGAGCAAAUAUACUACCAGAGCCAUCACAUAAGAAACAUAUUUGGCGAGGAUUCACAACAAGGACCCAGCAGGCAAGGAUCUUUGGACAUCUACAGCACGUCUGAAGGAAAGUCUAAUGUCACACCACCAGGAGAGAUUGCAACCUAUGUGAACACUCAACAUAUAAAUAUGGAAGUUCUCCAGGCACUUCAGGCAGAUGCUGAAAAUCUAUUUAGUGGAGCAACAGAAAGCACCAAAGACAGCAAUCCAGGAAAAGAUCUUUUUGACAUGAGCCCUUUUGAAGAUGCUCUCAAGAACCAAACUCUUGGACCCAUUUUGAACAAGGCUACCUCAGUGGAAUGUACCAGUCCUCUUAUGACCAGAGCAGCUCACAUGGCAGUAGCAGGAGAACUGAGCACAGAGCCCUGGUAUCAAGGGGAGAUGAGUAGGAAAGAAGCAGAGCCUCUUAAAAAAUGUGGAGACUUUCUGGUUAGGAAAAGCACCUCCAAUCCAGGAUCCUAUGUGCUAACUGGACUACACAAUGGACAAGCAAAGCACCUUCUUUUAGUGGAUCCUGAAGGAACUGUUCGCACCAAGGACCGAGUAUUUGACAGCAUUAGCCACCUCAUCAACCAUCAUCUUGAAAACAAUUUGCCCAUUGUCUCUUCUGGGAGUGAGCUCUGUCUCCAUCAGCCAGCGGAGAAAAAACAAUGAUGAGAACAAUGGUUAUCUCUGUUGAACUACUGCCAGAGAAAAGCUAUAAACUGAUUUCCAUACUAAAAGAUUAUCCACCUGUUGUGUUUUCUGUAGGUUAAUGAAAUGCCAUUCCACAUAAUACCAAGAAAAAGAAAAUUCUUGUUCUCUAGGGGCAGUAAAGCAUGGUAAAAUAGCAGGCAGACCCCCCCCUUAAAAUGACUUUAAUAAAAAUGUUGAUUCUUUAAUAUGAAUAUUGACCAAACACACACAUUAUAUAUAAAUACAUAGAUGUUUAUAUUUUUAAAUCCGUCUGCUGUAAGUAUAGAACAAAAAUAUUCUGCUGUGUGCUUUCUGACUGAUGGAAAGAUUACAACUCUAAUUGUUCAGAUUAUUGAGUAAAUAUCAAGGAUUUAAUUUCCUUGAGAACAUGGAUACUUUGGUGUCACAAGGAUAGUUUUAUGAUCUAAUAAGCACAAUAAAAAAGGAGAAAGCAGGCAACCUUCAUUUAUUAAAUAUCAGAUGAGAGGAAAUGAAUCCAAAACCAGAAUCCCCACAGGACAAGUUAGCUUGAAGCAACUUUGGAAAACAGUCACUGACUUUUAAGUACAAAAGCAUUUUCUUUCUGAUGUCCCACUGAAAUUCUCAUAUAAUGCUACUUCAAAUUGUUUGUAACUUGCUUUGACUUGAUGUGAACUCUUUGUGUAUGAGAUACAUGCAUUAAUUUUUCUAAUAAUAUAUACCUUAGGAUAAGCUUUGAUUUAUUAAACCCA